UUAUCAUUUAGUCAGUUUAGCUGUCAGUCGUUCUGAGCAUUAUCGAGGUUUUUGAUGUUUUAAUCAUCGUUGCUAGUUAAAUAUAUUUUGUUUUAAUUUUCCUGUUCUAAUAGAUAAUAUAACAAUAGUGCAAAAUAGUUCAUAUUGGUGAAAAAGCGAAAACUGCGUAUUUGCAAAAAAAGUCUUAUCACCAAAACGCCACUCACAUAGCUCAGUUAAAAGCAAAGCUCUAUAGGAAUCACAACGAAAUAAGCAGCUAUGGCAUCUCGCAAGAAGUCUUUGCUGAAAGUGAUCAUUCUCGGUGAUAGUAGCGUCGGCAAGACGUCACUCAUGAAUCAAUAUAUAAAUAAACGUUUCUCAAAUCAAUACAAGGCAACGAUCGGUGCUGAUUUCUGUACAAAAGAAAUCAUUGCUGACGACCGAGUAGUCACAAUGCAAAUUUGGGAUACUGCUGGACAAGAACGUUUUCAAUCGCUUGGUGUGGCUUUUUAUCGUGGCGCUGACUGUUGUGUGCUCGUUUACGAUGUCACAUCACCAAAUUCAUUCAAGAAUCUCGAUUCAUGGCGCGAUGAAUUUUUGAUACAGGCCAGUCCCAGAGAUCCCGAUCACUUUCCAUUCGUAGUGCUGGGCAAUAAGGUUGACAUGGAUAACCGACAGGUGUCCACGCGACGUGCCCAACAGUGGUGCCAAUCUAAAAAUGAUUUGCCAUACUUUGAAACAUCAGCAAAGGACGGCACCAAUGUAGAGUUGGCAUUCCAGACCAUUGCAAAGAAUGCGCUUGCUCAGGAAGCCGAGGUUGAACUAUAUAAUGAAUUUCCUGAUCAAAUCCGCCUUAAUACCGACCGAAACAAUCGCAAUGGUAAUGCUGAUAACUGCCAGUGCUAAUGUAAUUACCGCUAUUAAAUAUAUUAGCCUUUGCGGCGUCGACAUGUAGUUGUGAAAUUACCGCAAAUGAGAAAUAUAUAGAGAUAUUCAAAACGCGUUAGCGACUAUAGCAAAAACUGGCAAUAUCAAAUAGAUGCAGAUGCAAUUGGAAUAGUAGUGAAAAAACACAACAACAAGAAGAAAACGAAAAUACCUAAAUAAUAUAUUUGCAUAGUUUCGCAACUGAACAUAAUUUAAAUAUAAAUAUUAUUAUUAAAAUAAAACUAUACAAAAUUAAACAUAUAUGAUAAACGAUGAUAAAACGAUACAUAAUGCAAAAGGAGGUUACAUUAAGUAAAAUAAUUUACCAAACGAAAUAAAUGAAAAAUGAGAAAUGAAAAAAUGUAAAAGCAGUUUUUUAAGCCGAUCAAACAACAUAAUUAAACAGCAGAAGUAAGCGUAAAAAUUUCGCCAAACAAAACUGAAAUGUGUAAAUGUAAAUACACAUUAUUUCUGGCCUUGUCACAUAUUUAACUUCCUUUUUUUAACAUUGUAAACACUUGAUUUUGUGUGCCCAUUGUAAAUUGCAACUUAUUACUCAUUUUUUAAGAGAAAUAAUUGUGUGUGAAACGCAAAUAGUAAUAUUUAGUUUAACAAAAUCUCUUUAAAGUGAUUUUAAACACACCACUGCAUAUAGUAGUAAUAAGUUUAUACAGUAUGAGCUAAAAGUGUAUAUGUUUGUGCGCUGGAACACUGCUGCGGUGUAGAGAAUAAAAUGAUAUGUAAAAUACAUGAGCAGAUAUGCUGGUUGGUAGGGUGGGAGCAAAUUUAUAACACUCUUGCUUGCGGCGUGUGUGUAUUUCUUCAGUUUACAUUUAUGAUUUACUGAGUAUUAUAUUGGUUAAUGCAAUUUUGCAAUGUUUAUACGCAAUUGAACACAUAUAUUUUUUUUCUUUCUAUGUAGUUAUGUACAUUUCAGUUUUUAUUAAACACAAGUAAGCUAAAUUUAAAGUAUCUUUGAAAUAAAGUACAUAAAUAAAUCUAAAACUGUA